UCUGAUCUGACCCGGAAACGCAGAAAAAUGGCCACCAAAGCUGCAGCUCUGAUUUUACUGGGCCUCCUCUGCAUUGAGUUUGCAUCAGCUGAGCUUGUGGUGGAUUGCUGCCUGACAGUGAAGAGUGAAAAGCGUCUGAAUCCCAGAAACCUGGUGAGCUACAGCGUGCAGAGAGCCGGCAUGGGCUGCGACAUCAGCGCCACUGUGUUUGUCAACAGGAGAAACAUGAAGCUGUGUGUCGUUCCUGCUGAGGGGAAUCCAGGAGUGCAGAAACUCAUUGACUUUUUGGAGAAAAGGCGAAAUCAUCACUAAAAAAUUUAAAAACAUAAAAAAAAAAAAAGAUACUAAAGUUGUGUUUUUUUAAUUAAUCCUUGAUGAUUGGUUUAUAAGUCCAUAUUUUUUGUCUUAUUUUAUAUUAAAACUUUGUUUUACAA